AUGCAUCAACCCCCGUUGAAGGAGAAGACGCGUAGCGUGAUCGUUGAGGGAACGACAUCAGAAAGGGAGGAAGAGCCACGAGGGCCCGCGAGGAGACUGAAGAAGAGCGAUUUCCCGCGAGACUGCCGGGGGUUGUUGCCCAGCCCCGGAGAAGCGGACAUCGGGCCCGGAUGUUCGCAAGGACGAGACGCCGGAAACGCUGCCACGUUGGAAGGGAAAAUAUUGACGGCCGUCAACAAGUUCCUUACGACAUCCCCUUUGGUUAACAAAGUCAAGUUACUAAUGACGAGACAGAGCAGCGGGACGGUUGGGAACGACGAGGAGCAAGAAGGGACGAGUAGCUGUUCUCCGAGGACGUCGACGGCCACGACGAUAACGAUGACGAUGACGGGAACGCCGACAACGACGACAUCCGCCAUGACAGCAACGUCAAUGGCGCUGCCAUUCGUGCCCGUAGAGUCAGAAGCAUCGGUAUCGUCCACGAUGGAGCAGCAACCACAUUACCGUUGGGCGUUCCAACGGGAUCGGGCUGAAGCGACCACUUCUGCGAUCGCUGCCACCUGCUCCAAGUUCUUCCCGGCUUCGUCGUCCACGGAAACCAACAGAUUGUCGACGAACGUACUCUUUUCUCUGCCUGCAACCCCGAAGAGAUCAACCCCUGUUUCGUCCACCAAGGCGCCUACCAUAUCCAAAUCACAAAUGAAAGAGUUCAGAGAAGCUUUCAGGCUGUUCGAUAAGGACGGAGACGGAAGUAUCACUAAAGAGGAACUUGGCAGAGUGAUGCGUUCACUUGGACAGUUCGCCAGAGCCGAAGAGUUGCGCACAAUGCUUCAGGAGAUCGACAUCGACGGAGAUGGAAACGUCAGCUUUGAAGAAUUUGUGGAAAUUGUGAGCAACAUCGGCGCGAGUGAAACCGCCCACACAGACCAGGAUCAGGAAGAGCAAGAGCUGAGAGAUGCAUUUCGGGUGUUCGAUAAACAUAAUCGAGGUUACAUCACCGCGUCCGAUCUUCGAGCUGUGCUGCAGUGCCUCGGGGAGGACCUGUCCGAGGAAGAGAUCGAGGAUAUGAUCAAGGAAGUGGACGUGGACGGGGACGGCCGAAUCGAUUUCUACGAAUUCGUUCACGCGCUCGGGGAGCCAGGGAUCGACGACGACGAGGAGGACGACGAAGAAGAAAUACUGUCCCCGGGCUACUAGGGUUUUACCUAUUCUCGUGUCUGUGUUAGAUAGAACGAAUUAACGACGAGUCAAAAAAACCAUGCGAAUCGCAAAGUUCAUCUUUUACCCUCUGACAUUCACUUUGUUGCGCGUCGCGAUUUGAAAUACGAGUUGACGUUCAGCAAACCAGCAUCCGGGUCUGUCCAUUUAUCGUUUGUCGGGUAAUAUCGUAGGAAGAAGAAAAAUAACGCAAGCGUAACGGAAGUACAAUCGAGCAGAGAAGAUUUCGAAAUUGGCGCCGACGCGCAAGAUGGUUACGCUUGGUGCCAAAAGGGUAUGCAACCCUCAACUCCGACAACGAGGUCACGGAACAAUUUUCUAAAUCCGAUGUUAUCUCGGCCCCGUGAUGCUCCUUAUUUUUGGUCAAUGUCAGAGGACCGUUUCGACAAGUCCUAAUCGCACCUACCGUCUAAGAUCCUCAGAUACUAUGCUUGACGCGAUUUUAUGUUACUUCGAUCGAUUCCUGUUACAUUUUAAAAUUACCUUCGAGCUUGUACACGUCUCCUGGCCGACUUUGAACGUAAUCGAAUCUAAAUUGAACGUAAAGGAUAUUCUUCGUCUGUCGUAGUAAUCAUUGCACUCUAUAUUCGCGUGUAACGUGAGCGAAAAGGAAACGAGAUGUUUCUCGUGUAACAUAAAAUCCCAGCAAGCUGUGCGCCCUUUAAACUUCCUUCUUUAACUGUGCUGAAGAGUAUCUACGUGUUCGAUGGAUUACGCGAUCCAGAAAGCGAAACAUCGGUAAGCGAGACAAAGGUCAUCUACGAUUUUCAUUUUCUUCGACGAAAUUGAAAAGAAAUUAUAUAAAACAUCGAUGUCGAAUGAUACGGAAGGACGGUAUUUAUUUAUACAGAUGCUUCUAGUAUUCGCUUGCCGAUUUUCUAAACGCGACCGGAUCGUAAUCAGUUUCUCCUUUUAAGAUAUGUGGAUUUUAUCGAUUUUACUCUCUUUCUCAAAAUCUAAUCUAAGUCACGUUGUAUUCCACACCUAAAAAUCACUGUAACUUAAGAAACAAUCAGCACCGCAGCAAACUCGAUCGAUUGCACUGCGUACGACGUUCGAUCGAUCGACGAUUGAUCGAUCGAACACUACCAGCAGAUUCUCCACCAUUUGGAGAAAGAAGACAACAAAAAAUAAGCAUUGGCGCGAUUCUUACACGCGCUUGGCACUAUUGAAAUCUUUCGAACGUACCCCCAAGUCUUUCUCGAGAUAUUUCGCCGAGAUUCGAUUAAAAGACGGGGCAUAAAGAACGUGAGGAAGGUUGAACGACUAUUUUAAAAAUCGAUCUUGAUCGCUUCGCUCUCCUUGAGCUUCGUACUGUGUACCUUGUAAACGAUAUUUCACUGUUACGCCGUAAAUAACAAGAGCCGCACGCUGUUUCAAAUAUUUUAAAGGGUCUAAUAAAUCUAAUAAACGAAAAA